UACGGAAAGACGCUUGAUCAGUGGCUUGUUCUUCUACAGUUUUUGUACACUUUUAUUGUAGUAGAACUCGUGCCAGUUUUCUAACAAAAAGAAUACUCACAAUAUUAACAUCCUUUUACUGUAUGAAAUGAUUGAUUAUUGGCUAUAAAAGAUUUUCUAUAACGAUAAAUACUAAGAAUCCAGAAUGGCCGAAGUCGAAGAACCCAUGGAAACUGCAGAUGUUGGAGAAAACUCCAAUGAUUUGACAUUGCAGAAUGGAUCGUCUAGUGAUACAACGUCUUCAAGAGGUAAAGAAGGAGACUUCGAAAGUAAAAUUGAAACCGAUCGUUCUAAAAGAUUUGAUUUUUUGUUGAAACAAACAGAAAUAUUUUCUCAUUUUAUGAGCAAUUCGAAGUCAACCAAUAGUCCUCCCAAACCAAAAGCCGGUAGACCUCGAAAGAACAAAGACCCAGACGCUGGAACAGUAAAUGAUCAUCGGCAUCGGAAAACAGAGCAAGAGGAAGAUGAAGAAUUACUGGCGGAAACAAAUAUCAAGCAAAAAACAAUAUUUCGAUUUGAGGCAUCUCCCCAUUAUAUAAAAAAUGGUGAAAUGAGGGAUUAUCAAGUGAGAGGUCUUAAUUGGAUGAUUUCAUUGUAUGAAAAUGGAAUCAAUGGAAUCCUGGCUGAUGAAAUGGGUCUUGGAAAAACUUUACAAACUAUCUCCUUACUAGGCUAUAUGAAACACUUUAAAAAUGUUCCUGGACCUCACAUAGUAAUUGUUCCCAAAUCAACUCUUACAAAUUGGAUGAAUGAGUUCAAAAAAUGGUGUCCAUCUCUUAGAGCAGUGUGCCUUAUUGGUGACCAAGAAACUAGAAACACAUUCAUACGUGAAACUCUCAUGCCUGGCAACUGGGAUGUGUGCAUAACUUCAUAUGAAAUGAUUAUAAGAGAAAAGUCAGUUUUUAAGAAGUUUAAUUGGAGAUACAUGGUCAUUGAUGAGGCUCACCGGAUUAAGAAUGAGAAGUCCAAAUUGUCUGAACUGCUAAGGGAGUUCAAAAGUAUGAAUCGUUUACUGCUUACUGGUACUCCCUUGCAAAAUAAUUUGCAUGAGUUGUGGGCUUUACUUAACUUCCUUUUACCAGAUGUGUUUAAUAGCUCUGAUGAUUUUGAUGCUUGGUUCAAUACAAAUGCAGCCCUUGGUGAUAAUCAAUUGGUAUCUCGUCUCCAUGCUGUAUUAAGGCCAUUUUUGUUGAGACGUUUGAAAUCAGAAGUAGAAAAGAAGUUAAAGCCCAAGAAGGAGGUAAAAGUAUAUGUGGGCUUAAGUAAAAUGCAGAGGGAGUGGUAUACUAAAGUAUUGAUGAAGGAUAUUGAUGUUGUGAAUGGCGCUGGAAAAGUGGAGAAAAUGCGACUCCAGAACAUUCUUAUGCAGCUGCGUAAAUGUUGUAAUCACCCAUAUCUAUUUGACGGAGCUGAACCAGGCCCACCCUAUACUACUGAUGAACAUUUAGUAUACAACUGUGGGAAAUUAGCCAUUCUCGAUAAACUGCUGCCAAAAUUGCAACAACAGGAUUCCCGAGUUCUGAUUUUCUCACAAAUGACAAGGAUGCUGGAUAUCUUGGAGGAUUAUUGUCUAUGGAGACAAUAUAAGUACUGUCGUUUAGAUGGCCAAACUCCGCAUGAAGAUAGAAAUAGACAAAUUGAAGAGUAUAAUGCUGAGGGUAGUGAAAAAUUUGUUUUCAUGUUGUCAACUCGAGCUGGUGGUCUUGGUAUUAAUUUAACAUCUGCGGAUGUAGUCAUCAUCUAUGACUCAGAUUGGAAUCCUCAAAUGGACUUGCAGGCUAUGGACAGAGCCCAUCGUAUUGGACAGAAGAAACAAGUGAGAGUUUUUCGGCUCAUAACAGAUAACACAGUUGAAGAAAAAAUUGUGGAAAGAGCCGAAGUGAAAUUGCGUCUCGACAAGCUUGUGAUACAAUCUGGCCGUUUGGUAGAUACCAAGAAUCAGUUGAACAAAGAUGAAAUGUUGAACAUGAUCAGGCAUGGCGCAAAUCACGUGUUCUCAUCUAAAGAUUCGGAAAUUACUGAUGAAGAUAUUGAUACUAUUUUGGCAAAGGGUGAAGUAAAGACUGAAGAACUGAAGCAAAAAUUGGAAAGUCUUGGUGAAUCGUCUCUACGUGCGUUCUCUAUGGACACGCCCGGCGCCACUACAGAUUCGGUUUAUCAAUUUGAAGGUGAGGACUACAGGGAGAAACAGAAGAUAGUGCCCAUUGGCAACUGGAUAGAACCUCCCAAACGUGAACGUAAGGCAAACUACGCGGUUGACGCGUACUUCCGCGAAGCAUUGCGAGUGUCAGAACCGAAGGCGCCUAAGGUACAGGCGCCAAGACCACCGAAACAACCAAUCGUUCAAGACUUCCAAUUCUUCCCACCGCGCCUUUUUGAACUACUUGAUCAAGAAAUAUAUCAUUACAGAAAAACUUUAGGAUAUAAAGUACCAAGAAACCCAGAACUCGGUCCGGAUGCGGCGAAGAUACAACGGGAGGAGCAACGUAAGAUUGACGAGGCUGAAGCACUCACUGAAGAAGAGAUACAAGAGAAGGAACAGCUUUUGACUCAAGGGUUUACAAAUUGGACAAAACGUGACUUCAAUCAGUUCAUCAAAGCCAACGAGAAAUAUGGUAGAGAUGAUAUUGAAAAUAUUGCUAAGGAUGUGGAAGGCAAAACACCGGAGGAGGUAAUGGAAUACUCAGCUGUAUUUUGGGAAAGGUGUCACGAAUUGCAAGAUAUAGACAGAAUCAUGGGUCAAAUAGAACGCGGAGAAGCGAAAAUACAGAGAAGAGCCUCUAUCAAGAAAGCUUUGGACGCGAAGAUGGCGCGCUACCGGGCACCGUUCCAUCAACUCAGAAUCUCAUAUGGCACAAAUAAGGGCAAGAAUUAUGUUGAAGAGGAAGAUAGGUUCUUAGUAUGCAUGCUGCACAAGCUGGGCUUCGACAAGGAGAACGUGUACGAGGAGCUGCGCGCGGCCGUGCACGCGGCGCCGCAGUUCCGCUUCGACUGGUUCCUCAAGUCGCGCACCGCUGUGGAACUGCAGCGGAGAUGCAACACCCUUAUUACAUUAAUUGAGAGGGAGAACCAAGAAUUGGAAGAGAAAGAACGCGCAGAAAAGAAAAAGAAGAGCGGGAAUGCGAAUCCAAACACUCCUGGUGGAAACAGUGCCGGCAAGGGCGCCAACGCCGGUAAAAGGAAGGCCGACAACACGCCAGACACCGCACAGAAAAAUAAGAAAAAGAAAAAAUGAGGUCCGGUCACUGCCCUUUAUAGGAAAAUGAACAUUUAUCAGAAUAAACGAUUGAUUUCAAAAUAGUGCGAGUGUAUUUUAUAAACUUUUAUGUCCAUGUCAUGUGUGUAGCGAAGUAUUAUACCUAUUCUUCAUGUUGCAAUGAGUAUUGCUUUACUUUUUAGUGUUGACAUUCCCAAUUGUGUAACACCUUAUUUAUAACUUUAAAUAAGUGACUUCUUAAUAAAAAUUAAUUAAACAAA